AGGAGGACAUGUCCGCUCCUCCCUUGCCCACACCUCCAAAGCCCAAGGUGGAACCACCCACGCCACACAGCAAACCCACCCCACCCACUACAGCUGCAGUGAAUAAGAUCACAGACUACCAGAACUACUAUCAGGGGAUAUGGGACUGUACAGGAGAUCAACCAGAUGAACUGUCCUUCAGACGGGGAGACGCCAUCUACAUCCUCAGCAAGGAGUACCAGAACUAUGGUUGGUGGAUCGGGGAGAUGAAGGGGUCUGUUGGCAUCGUUCCUAAAGAGUACCUCAUGGAGUUGUACUCCAUUUAAAGGCCUGAGGCAUCUAAAUCCAAUCAUCUUCCAUGUGAGAUGCAUGGAAACAGACCAUAUCUGAAAAGGACACUGAACUAAGCAGCAAAGCCAACUGUCUGUAGCAAAAUGAAAAAUAUCAGAUGCAUGUUGUGUCCAUCUUGAUCUCGCUAAGCGCUUUAAGAGGUUGUCUCGGCAGAUUGAGUUCAGUAAACUGCUUUUGUUUAAUUUAUUAUCGCCGCAUUUCACCUUUUGAUACAGAGUCUUUAUAUUGUGAACUGUCUGGAAUGAAUCGCUUAUGGAGUCUUUAUAUUGUGAACUGUCUGGAAUGAAUCGCUUAUGGAGUCUUUAUAUUGUGAACUGUCAAGAAUGAAUCGCUUAUGGAGUCUUUAUAUUGUGAACUGUCUAGAAUGAAUCGCUUAUGGAGUCUUUGUAUUGUGAACUGUCAAGAAUGAAUCGCUUAUGGAGUCUUUGUAUUGUGAACUGUCAAGAAUGAAUCGCUUAUGGAGUCUUUGUAUUGUGAACUGUCUGGAAUGAAUCGCUUAUGGAGUCUUUAUAUUGUGAACUGUCUGGAAUGAAUCGCUUAUGGAGUCUUUGUAUUGUGAACUGUCUGGAAUGAAUCGCUUAUGGAGUCUUUGUAUUGUGAACUGUCUAGAAUGAAUCGCUUAUGGAGUCUUUGUAUUGUGAACUGUCUGGAAUGAAUCGCU